UCACCCCCAUUUCUCCAUUUUUCUUCUCCCAUUUCUUUAAUCCGAAAUUUCUAGAGAGAGAAACUGAUUGUUGUUGAAUCCAGAUCAAACCCCGACACGUUAAUCGAGAGAAUCGAAUCGAAUCAUGUGGAGAAGGGCCUGUAUCCAUCUUCGGACCAUCGCCCCGACACGAUCCGUCACCGGGUCCACCCGCUGCGCCGUACGAUCGCCGGCUGCUACCGGAAAUCUCACCCGUGCAUCGUCCAUCUUCUCUCGCCAUGUUUCUACUGAAUCUGUGGGGAGUGCGACUGCGAUUAGAGUACAGGAUGUUAUGCCGAUUGCUACUGGUCAUGAGCGAGAAGAGCUCGAAGCUGAAUUGAAAGGAAAGGACAUUCUUGAAAUCAACCACCCAUCGGGUCCCUUUGGAACGAAGGAAGCACCUGCAGUGGUUCAGUCUUACUAUGGCAAAAGAAUUGUGGGAUGCCCUGGAGCUGAAGGGGAGGACGAGCACGAUGUUGUCUGGUUCUGGCUAGAGGAAGGGAAGCCCCACGAAUGCCCAGUUUGCUCCCAGUACUUUGUGCUGGAAGUUGUGGGUCCCGGUGGACCUCCAGACGGGCAUGGAGAUGACGAGGAUGAUCAUCAUCAUCACUAGCUUGCAGUGUGCUCCCAGAAUAAGAUAUAUAUGGUGACAAGAUGAGGGACUUUUAUGAUAUUCUUCAGCUUUCAUAAGCUUAUUUGUUUACACACUUCCAACCCAUUUUUCGUUUUUUUCGGAUUUAAACCAUGGGCCGGUCAUCCAUUCGAAAUUUGGAUUUCGGCCUUUCUUUUGUAGGAUACAAUAAUCGAUGGCAACAUAUUCUAGCCACUUUGUUUUGUUCUGCAAUCUUGGAUUUCAAAUACAUCUUGGUUAUUUUAAGUUUCUAAUAUUGCA